AUGGCUUCUGACAUUGUGGGCUCUCCUCGUGAGGUUCUUGCUGUUCUCGUUGGGUCCUCGUUGGAUUCUUCGCCUGUCUCUCAGUUUUCUCCUCCUGUGAUCGUCCCUGAUAGCGGUCCAAAUGUGGCUGUUGCCAUUGGUCCCUCUUCAGGUAAUUCAUCCGACUCUGUCAUCCCUAGUAUUCCUCUAGUUUCAUCUGAGGUUGUGCAUGUUAAAUCUGCUGUUGGGUCUGUUAAAUCUGUGCGUAGAAACAUUAAGUCUGUAGCUCAUAAACCCUCGUCUAAAUCCUUUCCUCUUAGACGUAUCACUCGGUCUCAGUCGUCUACCCUUGUCAGUGCGUCUUCCUCUCCUUCACCAUCUAUCCCUUCUCAACCUUCGUCGUCCAAAGGUUCUUCCAAAAAGAGGUCUUUAGGUUCUGAGUUGCUUCUCCCUCGGAAAAAACUUAAGCAACCUUCUACAUCUCAUUCUCCUUCUCCUUCGGUCCAACAUAAAAAAUCUAGGUCUUCUUUGGGUUCUAAAAAACCUCAUUCUUCUCCUGUGGUCAAAAAGAAAAAAACAUCUUUGCCCAAGUCUCCUCAUCCUUCAAUAUCUGCUCCCCCUAGUGGAAGUUCUGACCUUCCCCCAUUAAUGUUCUUUUUCAAUUCUAGGAAGUUUCAGAAAUACAAAGAUCGUAUGUCUUUUCGACUGUUAAAUGUGGAAUCCAAUGUGGUUUUAGAUGAUUUUCCUCGCUUUAAAGAGUCCAUGGUUUCUAGGGGUUGGGUUAAUUCGGUCUCUAAUCUGAUCAUGCCAUCUCAGAAUCUUGUUCGGGAAAUUUAUUCUAAUAUUGACAAACAUCUUUUAGAAUCUUCUAAUCCCAAUCAGUUUAAAGUGUUUUUUCGGGGCAAGUGGUUUCGUUUUUCUCCAUAUACUAUUGCUAAAGUUUUGAAUUUGCCUGUGGUUAACUCUCCUGUUUUUUGCUCUGAUUUUUCCACUGACUUAAACUUGGUUGCUGCUGAGUUAACUGGUAUUCCUGAUUUUCAAUGGCCUGAUAGUAAGGGUGCCAUUCCUGCUACUGCUCUUACAUCAUUUUAUAUACUUCUCUUUCGAGUUGCUCUCACAAAUUGGUUGCCUAAUACUCACAAGUCUACUGUUGGUACUUCACUGGCUCGUUUUAUGUUUGCUGUUGGCACUGGCGUUUCUAUUGACUUGUCUACACUUAUAUUUGAUCGAAUUUAUAAUGAGGUUGUUGCUCGUGGCACAAGCAAUCUUCGCAGUCUUAAAGUUCCUCAGGUUUUACCUUCACCUGACCCAGCCUCUGACCAUGUGUUGCUUGGAUUUCCAACCUCUGGCUGGCGUUUUAUGCUGUUUGAUUAUCUGCAUCAGUUUCGUGCAAGUUUUAAUGAUUUUGUGACUACUUACAAAAAGGAUAGGCAUCGCUCAUUGCAAUUUGAGAGGAGGGUUUUGGCUCAGUUGGCUCAAAUUCGUGCUUCAUCUCAGGGGGAACUUUUGGAUACUGUUGGUUGUAUGUCUUUGAAGGUUAUGGCUGUGUUUGAAAAAGAUAAGCGUGAGGUUGAAGAAGAAGCCGGUGAUCUAUUUGGGGUUUUUGAAGAGGAGCAGGAAAAGCUUGGUACAGACAUCUACUGA